GUGGGGAGCUGGAUGAGGGUGGAGUGUAGGGUGCAGACGGUACGCACAUAGCAGGGCUCAGUUCUCUGGUUCUCUUCGGCCCGGUCGGCUGGCUUUACCGGUUGUAUACCUCUGUGCGAGGUAACCUACAAUCUGGAUAAAACGCAGCGGGGAGAGGAGAGGCGAGCGGGAACAACUGGAAUGAAAGAGGAAUAAAAGAUAAUAGCUGGAAGAAAGAAAAAAAAGAGGGGGGAGCGACAUCGCAAAGCACCAAGGAGGAUACAGACCCCGGCUAAACGACCCGUUAGCACGGAUACAGAGAGGAGGAAAGGAAAGAAGAGGAGGAGGAGGAGGAAUUAAAGGGGAAAAAAGGCUGUUAAGUAACACAAGAGAGGAAACCCACUGUCGCUAGGCAGGCAUGGCAGACGCAGAGCUGGACUUCCAGACGGGGGACGCCGGGGCGUCCGCCACCUACCCCAUGCAGUGCUCUGCCCUGCGCAAGAACGGCUUCGUCGUGCUGAAGGGCCGACCCUGCAAGAUCGUCGAGAUGUCCACCUCCAAGACCGGCAAGCACGGCCACGCUAAGGUGCACUUGGUCGGCAUCGACAUCUUCUCCGGUAAGAAGUAUGAAGACAUUUGUCCCUCCACCCACAACAUGGACGUCCCCAACAUCAAGAGAAUGGAUUACCAGCUGAUCGGGAUCCAAGAUGGCUACCUGUCCCUGCUCCAGGACAGCGGAGAGGUGAGAGAGGACCUGAAGAUCCCCGAGGGAGACCUGGGGAAAGAGAUAGAGAGCAAGCACGAGGUCGGAGAGGAGAUCCUGAUCACUGUCCUAAAUGCAAUGGAUGAGGAAGCUGCAAUCGGCAUCAAAGCCUUGGGUAAAUAAGCCACUACAGGGGCAAAUCGCGAUGCACUGGACCUGGGGGAAAGGAGGGGAUAUUGCCUCGUCAAUGCUACUCUCCCUCUUUUUUCUUUCUUUAUGUGGAAGUUUUCAUACUUUCUCUCCCUCACUGUUUUUUUUUUUUUUAACUCCUCGUUUGGGCUCAGUUAGAAACUUUAAUUGGAAAUACCAAACAUUCUCCAUGUACAUACACUGAUAAUAAACCCGCAUCUAGGUCCGAACACAAAAGGCGUUUAAUGGAAGGUCUCACUGAGGAGAACGUCUAGAAACAUGUUGUAGCUACCUGCUUUCAGAGGAGGACUGUUAACAUCACAACUGCUUUUCUUUUCAUUUAAAUUUUUUUUUUUAAAGUUUCCCCGAUUUAUCAAGGGCUUCAACUCUAGGUCUGCUUUGUUCUGUUGAGGCUUGUUCAGCGUUCGCCAUACAGGCUCUAAUACUUGAUUUUGUAUCUCUGUAUGGUACUACUACCCUUUCAGCCAUUGAUCUGAACAAGCCCUUCCUCUCUGUUCAUCACCUGAAACGUGUCUGUUAAACAAAGGUCACCAAGGUGGCACACGAAGGUUCAGUUUCUUUUUAAUCCGAAACCUUAAUAAAAGUGUUAAAGAGAAACAAACACCUGCUCAAGAGCGUACCCACUCUCAUGUUCAUUUGUCGAUGCCUUGGCAGGAGCCCUCGCACGGAGCUGUUUGGAGUUUUGUUUGGUGUCCUCUCAAGCCUCGAGCAGGAGAAUGUCUCCGUAGCCGGAAAAAAAAAUAAAUAAAGACGACACACAAACGAA